UCGGUAUAGAGUAAUCGUCUCCCAAAUCCAACUUUCCAAUCAACAAUUUAGUCUCUCCGACGACAUCAUCGACACUACUCACGUGCAUUCCCGCGCUAGUCGACCUACCCCUGUCAUCCCCGUCCCCUAAACUUUACCAGAAGCCUAUGCCAUCCAGCCACCUCAUGAAACCCUCCUCAUCACCAACCUCCUACAACACAAACUAAACAACUCUCAACUAGAGAACGACUACACUCCCGCAAAUGCUACCAAGGUAGCCCACCAUACCACCACCAACCCGGCAUCGCACACACACGCACGCAUGCCUCUCCCACGGCGACGGCGCCCCCCGCGCCCCGGCGCCCUGACCGAGCUCCCGCCUUUGCGCAUCCUCACCCAGAUCCUGGCGCUGCAGGCGCUGUACUACGUCAGCGCCGUGGUAAUGAUCCUGUUUACGACGCUGGUGAUGGGCACGCCAUUCAGGUUGCUAGAUGAUAUAUUAGGGUGGACAGCGCUGAGGGGGGAUACGACACAAGGAUGGCUGUUGGGGAUGGUGUGGAUGACGAAUGCGUUUUUUAUUGUAAUAGCGAUCCUCUUCAUAAUCCAGCGCUCCAAACUCGUCCUCGACUUCGUCAUAACCCUGCACAUCGUGCACCUCAUCCUCGUCUCUCUCUACUCCCACGGCCUCCCGCGCAACUGGCUCUGGUGGGCCCUGCAGAUCUGCAGCGCGGUGUUCAUGGUCGUCCUCGGCACGUGGGCGUGUCAGCGCCGCGAGCUGCGGCCUAUAAUCUUUGGUGGCUCCGCGGCAUCGCCUACGGAUGGGGGGUCCGCGGGUGCUGGCGCGGGCGCGGGGCCGUCGGAUGCGGUAGGGGAUGAGGAAUCGGGGUUCUCUAGGGGCGGGAGGAGGGGGAGGGGACGCGAUGGGGCGGGGGAGUAUGAGAUGGUUCCGAUAAAGACGGAGAGGCAGGAGGCGUGA